AUGGAUGACGACGAUGCGCCCCCUGAUCUUGUGGAUGUUUCCCAGCUUCCAGAGUCCGAACUUCAGACAUCCGAAGCGGACCUACCACCACAGCAACGGGUGCCUAUCACGCUUGUAACGGGAUAUCUUGGUGCUGGUAAAACGACAUUGCUCAACUACAUCUUAACCGAGAAACAUGGCAAGAAGAUCGCUGUGAUUAUGAAUGAAUUCGGAGACUCAUCCGACAUCGAGAAACCAAUGACGGUAAACCAAGACGGCCAAGAAGUAACCGAAUGGCUCGAAGUAGGCAACGGCUGCAUCUGCUGCUCUGUCAAAGACUCCGGCGUAAUGGCCAUUGAAUCCCUCAUGGAACGCCGCGGCACAUUCGACUACAUCCUCCUCGAAACCACGGGUCUCGCCGACCCAGGUAACAUCGCGCCCAUCUUCUGGGUAGACGAUAACCUCGGGAGCUCAAUCUAUCUCGACGGAAUUGUAACCCUCGUCGAUGCAAAGAACAUCCUCCACCUGCUCGACCAGCCUACACCUGAAGAAAUCGUUCCGGACGACCAUGACCACGGGCAUGACCAUUCAGGUCCCAUCCUCUCCAUGGCACACAUGCAAAUAUCCCAUGCGGACGUGAUUAUCCUCAACAAGACUGAUCUUGUUACCGCGGAGGAACUCGAAGCCGUCCGUGACAGAGUCACGGCCAUCAACAGCGCAGCAAAAAUCCAUCUAACAGACCACAGCCGUACGCCGCAGAUCGAGGGCGUUGUCUUGGAUCUGCAUGCGUAUGAUCAUCUUGAUAGUCUUGACUUUAGUCAAAAGGGACAUAGUCACAUUGACCCCGCCAUCUCAACAAUAGCCCUAAACCACCCGCCGCUCUCACCAUCCCAAAUCUCGCGCGUAGACGAGUGGCUGCGAUCCGUUCUUUGGGACUCGACCCUCCCCUGGCCGGCGUCACAAACAACAAAUUCUGAUCCCACCUCAAAGCGUCCUGACUUCGAUAUCCACCGUCUUAAGGGCAUCUUGGCCCUCUCUGACGGGAGCACCAAAAUCAUCCAGGCUGUUCGGGACGUUUUUGAGAUCCGUGACGAGGAACGGUCUCCGGAUGAUGAGCGGAAGAGUCAGUGUAAGCUUGUUUUGAUUGGGAGGGGGCUGGGUGAUGUAGAGUCUUGGCAGAGGAGUUUUGAGGAGUUUGUGACAAGGGAUGAGUAA